UCACACACUUCCUGGUGAAAGAGAAAGUGAACGUGUCGCUGCGUCACAGAAAGUCCCUGCAGUUCGGUUGUGUCGGUCCGUCGGUUCCGGGAGAAGCAGAUUGAACGGGACUGCAGUCGGUGCAGUUUCUGGAGGAGAGGAAGAUGUUUGUGGUGUUUGUGCUUCUCCUUCAUGUGUCCCAGCAUGCCUCAGCUCUGGAGAUAUAUGAGGGGGACGACUUUGUCCUGCUGCCCUGUGAGUUUCCCACCAAUGACCUGGAGGAUCCCUCAGUGGUGUGGAGCCGCUCCGACCUCCGUCCUUCAACCGUCCACCAGCGUCAGCUGGAAGGGGACGAACUCAAAGACCAGAACCAGGACUACAGAGACCGGACGUCCAUGAGGACGGACGCUCUGCAGACCGGAGACCUCGGCCUCACUCUGAGAAGACCCACCAUCAGGGACAGCAGCACCUACACCUGCAUCAUCAGAGAGUUUGAACGAGAACUGAGCCGGAGAGAAGUACCACUGGAGGUCAAAGAACGUCCAGACUGGCGCUGGAUUCUCCUAGCUGUCCUGGUUCUGCUGGUUCUGCUGGUUGUUGCUGUGUUUGGCGUCAGGCUGUUUAAAGAGAUGAAGAACACAGUAGAUCGUCCUCCUCUCUGGCCCUGGGUUCUCUCAGCUGUCCUGCUUCUGACGGCUGCUGGUCUCGUGUUUGGUGUCAGUGUGUUUAAAGGGGUGAAGAACACACAAGAUCGUCCUCCUCUCUGGCCCUGGGUUCUCUCAGCUGUCCUGCUUCUGAUAGGUGCUGGUCUUGUUCCCGGUGUCACAGUGUAUAAAAGGAUGAAGUCCACAGAACGUCUUAACCAGUGGUGGAGGCUCUUCACUGAAGAUGAGUGGCUGAAGAUAAAAGAACCUUUUCUGCUCCGGGUCAAGGUUCUCUCAGCUGUUCUGGUUCUGCUGCUUGUUGUUGUUCUCAGUGUCGGCACGUCUCACCAGGUGAAGAACAACGAAGUCUCUCAGCAUGGAGACACUGUGGAGGUCUAUGGGGGGGGGUCGGUCCUGCUGCCCUGUGAGGACUCUCCUUUACCUCUGCGCCCCACAGUGACGUGGAGCCGCAGCGACCUCAGUCCUUCAACCGUCCACCAGAGACACCUGCAAGGUGACGACCUCGGAAACCAAAACCAGCGUUACAGCGGCCGAACAUCGAUGAAGACUCUGACGACUGGAGACCUCAGCCUCACUCUGACAAGACUCCGCCCCUCUGACAGCGGCAACUACACCUGCAUCAUCACAGCGUCUGGAAAUGAGCGGAGACUGAGAGACAUACAGCUGCAGGUCAAAGAACCGUUCUCCAGCCUGGUUGAAUUCUGGGUUCUCCUGGUUCUCCUGGUUGUUUCUCUUGGUGGCAUCGUGGGUCUUGGACAAUAUAUGAAGAGAUUCAUCUUCAUCAUCAUCUUCGGAGACCAAGAGGUGGAGGUGAAGGAGGUGGAGGAGGGGGAGGAGUCUGUCCAGCUGCCCUUCAAGACCACAGCUCACCUGUCUGGAGACGUCAGAGUGGAGUGGAUAGACGAUUACGACAGGAAGGUCCAUGUGUAUCAGAACGGUUCUGACAGACCUGAAGAACAGAACCAGGUUUACAGGGACCGAACAGAGAUGAAGGAAGAUCCACUGAGAACUGGAGACCUCAGUCUGACCCUGAAACACCUCACAAUCAGAGACAGAGGAAACUACAGAUGUAGAGUCUACAAGGACGGACACUUACUGAGAGGGACGAGAGUGUUUCUCUGGGUCAAAGGUCAAAGGGUGGAGGUGAAGGAAGGGGAGGAGUCUGUCCAGCUGCCCUUCAAGACCACACCUCACCUGUCUGGAAACGUCAGAGUGGAGUGGACGGACCAUCACUACAAUAAGGUCCAUGUGUAUCAGAACGGUUCUGACAGACCUGAAGAACAGAACCAGGUUUACAGAGACCGAACAGAGAUGAAGGAAGAUCCACUGAGAACUGGAGACCUCAGUCUGACCCUGAAACAUCUCACAGUCAGAGACACAGGAGACUACACCUGUAGAGUCUACAAGGACGGAGACUUACUGAGAGGGACAACAGUGACUUUCAAGGUCAAAGAGAGAACUCAGGUCAAAGAUGAAACAGUCGACUUCAGGAACAGAAGCAGCUCCACUGAUCCAACUCCUCUGAUGGCUGAUCAAUCAGUCUGAUUGGUCUGUUGAUUAAUCCGUUUGAUUGGUCUGAUCGAUCAGUCUGAUUGAUCUGUUGAUCGAUCAGUCUGAUUGGCCUGUUGAUUGAUCUUUGAUCAUUGAUCCUGACUUUGGACCAGAGAGAAAAUGGAGGCGAAGCAGCUGAUGGACGAUGGAUGAAGACAGGAGGACGCUCUGUCAACUUCUUCUUCACUAUGAGUCCUACUGACUGUCACAGUCUGCAGACUCACUAUUGAUCAGUAUUGAUCAGUGUGGUCACAUGUUGAUCAGUAAAUUUGGUUCUAUUAAUCCUGCAGCAAUUCUGCCCUGACGUCUAUUUAGUUGUUAUUUUGAGGCUUUCUAAUCGUAUCACAUGGUCUUCAUCUGCAGCAGAUUCUUCUCAAAUUUCCUUUCACUUUAUUCUCCAAUCAAUUUGAAAGUUUCCUUCCUUGUGCAGAGUGCUGUCGCUGCUGAAGCUGAAGAGGAAGUUAUUAUUCACUUUAUUUUUCUACACGUGUUGAACUUUGUGCUCAUUCAUAGACAGUUUGACGUCUUUCUGCUCAUUUAAAACUGACUUCUUCAACAUGUAAACCAGAUAUUCUUCAUGAAAUAUUUCACUUCUUAUAUAGAAUCAUUAGUUUGGGAAAACCAGUGAAGUUUUUGUGGAUACCAGCUCAUAUAGGAACGAUAGGGAAUGAAACAGCGGAUCAAUUAUCUGAACGUGGGUUAAAAGCAGAGCAAACAGAGCUGCCUGCACCAGUCAGUAAAACACAAACUGAAUCGUUUAUUUGGCACAAAAUCAAGGAGCAGUGGCAGAAAUGAUGGGAUGAAGAUGUAAAAGGAAGAGAUGUGAUUCAGAUCCAGCAGGAGGCUGGAGAGGAAAAGACUGUGGGAGAAGUAGAGCUUGAUUAGUAGAUUAAGAUUAGGUCACAGCAAACUGGAUUCAUCCUUACAUCUCAUUGGACAACAUCCACCUGGAAACUGUGACAUCUGCAAUCACACAGACUUUUAUAUUUCUGCCCAAAAUGUGGAAAUGAGAGGAAGCUACUAAAGAAGAAGCUGUUAGAGCAGCUUCUACCAAGAAUCCUGGGAAUGGUGUUUUCAAUCAUAGUUUUAUUCAUCUAAAGACACUGGGUUGUUUUUAUUAGUGAAGAGACGAGCGCUAAGCUUCAGAGACAGACACCAGCACACAGAGACACUGAGACGUCAUCGGUCCAGACGGGUCGGAUUAUUCUAAAUUGAGAUUCACACAGACAAACUUUAAUCUAGAAACUUUAUGGUUCAGGCAACAGUUUAAAGUUUUCUCUCAGUGUGAGCUGUGAGGAGAAAGAAUGACGCCUUUCUACACAUUUAGAGGGCGGAGCAGAUGUGAUGUUUCUCUCUCUCAUUGUCUCCAGAAGUGAGAACAAACCCAGCGUAUGUCUGCACUGUGUGAAGUCCAAUCCUCACCUUAUAAACUCAACGGCAUCCACCGACUCACCGAACAACCACGUCCCAGACAAGUUUCCUGGCAGUCUACCUGACCGUGGCUCGGUGUCAACAGAACCCCAGUUUUCCACUUCUUUAUCAGAGUUUGAACACGCCUGACUGACUCUCAAAUCUUUGGAUAUCUUUUAUAUCCUGUUCCUGAUUUCUAAAGUUCAAGUGCCUUUUCUGGCAGGUGCUUUCACAGUUCUUUUGCUUUCCCCGUGACUCAGUCUCCAGCAAAGUCAGUGCAGCCUGGAUGAAAUGUGCAGGAGUCUCUGCAGAGCUCAGAAACUCCUGCACUGUUUCUACACAGACACUAAUUCCAAACAGUCGUAUAAUAAAAAUAGUGAAGGUGUUGAUGAUGCAGAAUGAGCCCGUUCAGUGCUGUGUUGUGAUGAACGACUGUGUGAACAGCAGGUUAAUGUGGUUUGCUGGUUGAGCUGCAGCAGAGGUUAAAGAGCCACGUCAAAGCUGAACGUCCUCAGCUUCAUUUCCCUCCUGCUGAUCACCAGGUCACAUGAUCCACAAGAAGAGCUGCAGGAAGUGAACGUGCACGCCCUCCUCUGUCCGUGACCCUGCUCACCUCACAGCGUCUGUUACAAGCUUCUUCCUCUCCGACGCUCGGAGACACAAACACUGUUUCCCUCCUCAGUGUUUUAUAGGAAACUGGUCUUCAGUCCGAACACACGGAGGACCGGGUUCCUUCAGGUCCGACUCAGUCUCUCGUCAAAUCAAAAGGAGACAUGUUUUUAUUUCCAGUUACUGGCAGUGCAGCUGAGUGGACGUAUGCACAUAUACGUUCAUGUAACCCACUGAAAACAGGAGCACAAAUAAAAAUCAUCUUGUUUUUAAUGAUCUGAGACAGAGUCGGAGAGAGGGAGUCGGUGAUGUCACAGAGAAAUAACGACCUUUACACGACCUUCAAACCACCAACCACCAACCCUGGCUGAGCUCCAGCUCUCACGCUGCAGCAGGAAGCCAGUAGCAGCUGUUCUCAGUCGGGACUCUGCAGCUCCAGCUCUUCCUCUCCUCGCUGCUUCAUGUCAAACCCAUAUUUCCUCUUUGGCCUCGACUGGAAGGUUUAAAUGUUGAAGUGAAACUUCCUUAAACACCAGUAAAGUCUCAUGCUACAUGUGAUAUGAAACUCUGUCUGUCUGAACUCUGACCAGCUUUUAUGACACAAAGAAGAAAAUAAAAAGUGUAAAAACAUAAUGAAUGAAAGAUGUUUUGUUUUUAUAAUGUUAAUAAAUCAGAGUUUAAAUGAAA